AUCGCUUUGGAGAUUCGCAGCUGCAGCAAGCACUUGAAGUCGCUGUCGAUUACGUGAGCAGAAAAUAAACAACAAGCAGCCGCCAGUCCCCCACUGAUAACGCCACGCACAGACACAGAUACAAACAAACAGCAAAAAACACGCCAGCAGAGAGUGAAACCGAUCGUCUGGAGAGUGUACGGAGAGUGGCGGUGGGAGUGGGAGUGGGAGUGGGAGAGUACUCCUACCAAUCGAAACGUAUGAGAGCAGCCAGAUAACUCUCAGUGUGACUCAGCACUAGAGAAUGAGUGAGGAGACGGCGGCCAGCCUGGGUGAUGCCUUCUCCCCCAUGGACAUGCCAACGACAACGAUGAUGGCCCCGCCGCCAACGGAUGUCGAUGAGAGCGGCUUCUCGCACUCACUGCUGACAUUUGCCGCAGUCAUGACCUUUCUGAUCAUGAUCGUGGGCAUCUGUGGCAAUCUGCUGACGGUUGUGGCCCUGCUCAAGUGCCCCAAGGUGCGCAAUGUGGCCGCAGCGUUUAUCAUCAGUCUUUGCAUUGCCGACUUGCUGUUUUGUGCCUUGGUGUUGCCCUUUCAGGGCCUGCGCUUUGUCCAGGGCACUUGGCGGCAUGGCGAGGUGCUGUGCCGGCUCAUACCCUUCAUUCAGUACGGAAACAUUGGCGUAUCGCUGCUGUGCAUCGCGAUGAUCACGAUCAAUCGCUAUGUGAUGAUCACGCACCAUAGCCUGUACAACAGGAUCUACAAGCGCCACUGGAUAGCCAUCAUGAUCGCCGCCUGCUGGCUCUUCUCGUACGGCAUGCAGCUGCCCACACUGCUGGGCGCCUGGGGCCGCUUCGGGUACGACGCCCGACUGCAGACCUGCUCCAUUAUGAGCGAUCGCCAUGGACACAGCAGCAAGACGACGCUCUUCAUUACGGCCUUCGUCAUACCCUGCCUGGUGAUUAUCGCCUGCUAUGCGAAGAUCUUCUGGGUGGUGCACAAGUCCGAGCAGCGGCUCAAGCGGCAUGCCACCAAGCAGAAUUCCAUACCAAAUAAUCUGCGGCCGUUGGCUGCGGCUGCUGCCACCGCCAACUCGCUGCCGUCCGGCGAUGGUGCGAAUGCCAGCCAGGUGCCAGGUGCCGCCGGCUGUCGUGUCUCCUCCGACAGCAGCAGCAGCUACUCCACGGAUGUGCCCGAAACAGCGCCGGGGGGAGGUGGCGCGGCCAAGCAGCAGCCGACACGCGUCAAGGAUCAGCGGGAGGUGCGAGCCAAGCGGAACGAGUGGCGCAUCACCAAAAUGGUGCUGGCCAUUUUUCUGUCCUUUGUCAUCUGCUAUCUGCCCAUCACCAUUGUCAAGGUGGCCGACAAGGAUGUGGAGCAUCCCAGCCUGCACAUCUUCAGCUACAUUAUGCUCUACCUGUCCGCCUGCAUCAAUCCCAUCAUCUAUGUGAUCAUGAACAAGCAAUACCGCAAGGCCUACAAGACGGUCGUCUUCUGCCAGCCAGCCGCUCGCCUCCUGCUGCCAUUUGGCAAGGGCAAUGGGGCCAGCAGUGCCGCAGAGAAAUGGAAAGAUACCGGAUUGAGCAACAACCACAGCCGCACCAUCGUCUCCCAGAUGUCGGCAGGAGCAACGGCAGCGGCAACGGCUGCGGCAACGGCAGCGGCAGCGGCAGCGUCGGGCAGCCAGCCACAGUCCACGUCCACACAGGGUCCGGUUCAGGCACUGGAGCUGACGCCGCGGGCACCCGAUCUGAUCAGCAAAUCAACGAAUCUGCCACUGCCGCAGCCACUGCCACAGAUCCCACCGAUGGCAGUUCCUCCGUCCGUUACAUCGUCGCCAGCGCCGGCACCGCCGCCACCGUCGGUGAUGACAGCGACACACAGCAACGGCAGCAGCAUCAGCAGCCAACGAUUGCCGCUCAAGAAGAACAAUCACUCCUACACAAACAGCGGCUUCAACAGCAGCGGGAUCAGUCCCAGCCCCAGCCCCAGUCACAGUUCCAGUUCCAGCGGCGUGGGCCUCUACCGGCCCGGGAUUGGCUCGAUGGGGAACGGCUCGGCAUCGAUACGUCGCAUCACCAUGGUGGGGGACGACAUUAUACUGGAGGAGGAGGAGCUGCCGCCCACACCAACAGCGAACACUCCGCCACAGAUGCAGGCACCGCCGCCACCACAGCCGCUGCUAUCCUCCUCCAGGCAAACGACAACGCCAAAGACGCCCAUCUACAUGAACGUGGACAGCCCGAAGAGGAACCAGUCUUAUAGCGAACGCAACAUUCCAGCUCCAGCUAGAGAGGAUCACGACGGAGUCAAGGACUCCCAAGUGCCAACCGGCAAGCUGAUGGAUAAAAAGAAAUUUCCAAAAGACUAACGAAAUGCUUUAAAUUCCAAAUAUCAUUUGUAAUUGUUAUAAAUCGGAUCAGAUAUAGUUAAUGGAUGCGAAAUUUGUGCCAUACACAAAGCACACACACACAUAGAUUGGGCUCGUAUCAUCAGUUCUUAUAUUUUGUAUCCAAAUUCCUUUUUGAUCAUAGACCUUUAACCCAAAACAGACAUUUACACGCAUACUCCUCCACCCACCUACAUCUAUAUUAUUGUAAUAGAACUUUAGUUACACAUUUAGCUAUUUAUCGUUGUCACACGUUUAGUAUUAGCAAUUAUAUAUCUAUUUUUUUUGUAACUUUAA